CAACGACAUCAGGUUUUAUAAUUCAAGAGUGUAGUAAGAGUACUGGUACUAGUAAGAGUAGUAUCACUGUAAAAGUCAGACGUCCCAAAGUAUUUAUAUUUUGCUUCUCUUUGUUUUCAAGGUUUUCCAGGAGGUUGAGCAGACCCUGAUAUGAUACCUCCCAUCUUCAUCAAACCUCACAACAGAAGGGGCUUCCGUCCCGCCACCUGCCCCGCACACUCUGUUUAGGGUUUAGAAAGGUCACAUACCAUAUAUGCAGGAAUGUGUUUUCACAGCUAACUGAGGAACAGCUUGGCUUGUGGUAACAAGCUCACUGUUUGAUUGCAUCACAUCCGAGGGAGAGAACGAGAGGGUGGUGUUUUUUUCGUAGUGUGGCCAGUACUUCCACCGAGGACUCUGGGAGAUGAAUCUGAUACUAUUCCUGCUUUUGGCAUUGACAGCUAGCCGGACUGGACUUGUUCAGUGUGAAGAAGAGAAAGAAGAGGAGGAUAUAGUCAAUGUAGUAACUUCACAACCAGGAGUUGAAGACCCAGAGAAUAAUGGGGAUGCAGCUGGAUCUGGAGAUGGGAGCAACCAGGGUUCAGGAAAUCAUCCUUUACUUAAAUCUUAUGCAAUUGCGUCUAUGGAUUUAGGCUCCACACCAAACAGUGGCUCUGUUGAUAAUGAGGAAUCAGGGCCGACAAUUGGGACAGAUACAGAUGCAGUCAAAGAUGAUCUCACCUUGGUCAUCAUGAUCAUCAUACCCCUGGUUCUCACACUCGUCAUCGUCGCUGUGAUCGUGUGUGUAGUCAUGAUCUACCGCAGGGGGAGAAUAAAAGUUGCUGGCACAAAAGAAGAUCCUUAUUUGGAUCAUGAAGACCAUGAAAAGGUUCCAAUGCCCAUGUUUGAGGAUGAUAUCCCAUCAGUGAUGGAGUUGGAAAUGGAAGAUCUAGAAAACUGGAUAUCAAAAGAUGGAGGCAAGAAGGUGGACAUUGGCCAAAUAUAAUGAAUAGCUUUUCAGUACCUGCUGUGGACCUGAUGCUGUUUUCAGCAGCGUCCUCAUGUGUCCUCUUAUCCAAUGUUGCACAGUGUACUUGUUGAGGUAUAGUUAGGUGCAUUUAGUUCCUUAUAAGGGAAAUGCUUUUACAUUAUGUUUCAUAACGCUAUAACUUUAUGCUAAAAACAUAUUUGUAAAAUAGUAAAGAUUGCUGUGUGAAGAACAUUGCCAUUUGGAUAAAAAAAAAACCCUAGUGUUGUCAAAUUGAUUAAUCACAUCUAUCAAAAGUUUGUAAUUGAUUUGACAGCACAAAAAAAGAGAAAAAAAAACAAAAGAAAAAACAAAAAACAAAAAUGUUUUUCUGUCUGUUGCACUGAACGGGAUACAACAAUUCUACUGGAAUCUGACAUGAUCCUCUGUGUCAUUUUGAUAUUGAUAUUUUCACCACUUUUUGAUGGAGUACAACAAGAUUAUAAACAAUUUUGUUUCUUUAUCAUGUAAUAAUGAUUUUGCCAUCAAAUUUUAAAUAUUAAGAUGUAUUUCAUGAUUCCAUUUAAAUUAUAAGAUGUUAACCUUUUAACCUUUGUAAAUUUUAUUACAUUUGUUGCAUUCUUUUUUUACAUUUUGCUGUAUUGCAAGUGUGUGUUUACAAUUUAUAUAUUUCCAUAUACAUCACUAAUUCUCGAGAAAACACCAACACAUUUCAUGCUAUGUUUUUAUAUAUAUAUAUAUAUAUUAAAAGAGGAACUUCUGUUAUCA